AUGACCGCAUCUAACGCUGAGACCACCGGGUCAUUUGCAUCCAUGGAAGACCCCUUUGUUGCGAACUCCGGAAGGCCAGCUGCGUCUCGCGACUCCCAUCGAAACUCGUCCUUUGACACACAGCUAUACAGUUUGAAUGCGUCUUCACCAGCACAGGCAAAACGGGCCCUCGAGGCCCACUUGGUGGAGACAGAGCGUCGACUGGAGGAGGCUUCAAGGCUAGGAACGGCCCUCAUCGAUCAGCAGCGGCAGCUAUCCGAGCAGUUGAAGGAGGUCGAGCAGCAGCAAAAUGAGGGAGAGAUUGGUCCAGAUCUGCGACGCAAACUUGCGGAUUUGGAGAAGGAGUACAAUGAAAUCGGCCGUGAAUCGGCACGUGCAUUUUUAGCACCCAAACGUCUUGCUGGAGGCGCGGAUGAUGCCCAGCUUGGGACGCCAUCUUUCGAUCAAAAGUCACCCCUGAGUCCCGCUUUGUUUGCCAGUCAGGCCACAAAUUCCCCUAGCAAAGUCAGCGUUCCAUCUCGCAAACAGCGCAACCAACCAUCAAACCGUGUCCACGAUAUCGAAUUUGCGACUGAAAUCUCCACUUCACUUUUGGCCCAGGUCCGCCAACUGCAAGCUCUUCUCGCAGAACGAGAUGAGACACUCAAGUUUGUUAACCUGGAAAAAUCGCGACUUGAGUUGGAGGCAGAGGGGUAUGGACAAAGGAUCCGAGCGCUCGAUGACAGUGAGCAACGCUACAAGGACGAAAACUGGGCGCUAGAGACUCAAGCACAUGAGUUGAUGGCAGCUGCGAGGGAUGCCGCGGAACGUGAACAACGGCUCAACAGUACUAUAACAUUGUCUAAUGCGGAAAAGAACGCCGUGGAACGAGAGCUGGAGGAGCUGAGGCAAGCCAAUACGAGGUUACUUGAGGACCAGAGUCUUAUGCAGAAGGCAAAUGAUGCCGAAAUUCACCUUUUGCGGCGGAAUCUGACUUCCGGUGAAGCGGAAAAGUCCGCGCUCCAAAAGAAGCUGAUGGAGAUGACUUCUCAAAACCAAGAGCUUGCCAAGGCAGUUGCCAUGAGGCUCCGGGAGCAUGAAAACCAAAGCUCGAGGGAUGUUCCGUACGACAAUGAGGGUGAUGAGCCAGAGCAUAUCACACCUGAGAGUUCUCCGCCACAAUCCCCCAACAAGUUCACUCCUCGACAUGGCCAUCUUGAAUCGGAAACCUUGAAGAGCUCGCUGGGCCAUGCUCAUCGCAUGAUCCAGAACCUCAAGAGCACAAUUCACCGUGAGAAGACCGAAAAGAUUGAGCUUAAGCGCAUGUUGCAAGAUGCCCGGGAUGAAGUUGAGCAACGGCGCCGUGACAGCACUGUGCCAAACGGAGCUAGCAAACGCCAAAAGACAAAGCAGGAUGCGUCCCGAAAGGCCCCCCGCCCAGAUCUUCUAGGCGCCGGCCGCAAGGAGAAAUCAUUUGUUGAGCUUCAUGACACAGAUUGGGAAGACAAUGCCGGUCAAAUCAGUCCUACCCAAACCUACACCAAGGCAGUAUCCACCAAGGACCGCCCUCGCUCGGAGUCUCCUGAUGGACCUAGCGACAUCUAUCAGACAGCUACCGAGGCGGAAGAUGGAUUUGAAACAGCCAACGAGCGGGCAACCGCAACUGAGAGCGAAGCGUUCCAAACCGGUGUAGAAAGCAUGGCCGAUGACAGCAGCGAUUCGGCAGAACUUACCGAGACGGAACACAACGUACAGACAACUCCUCGCAGCCAAGUCCCUUCCUCCUUGAUAAUGGCCAAAGCUCGCGAUCGCAGCUCAUAUCACAGCACGGCCUCUGCGUCCUCCGACGAAGAAGAAUACGACGGAGCAUUUGGCUCUCCGAGUCAAAUGCACGUCUCCCGACCCCGUGUCAGGUCUAAACGCAGCAUUUCGAGACGCAUUCGUCCAUCUGGAGAGGCCACAUUUGCAUCAACCAGUCGACCUUCGAGUUCCCGCGCAUCUGUAGCACCCAGCUUUGCACCAGCGCCUGCAGCGCAAGAAGGCCAGAGCCUCUUUGCCGAACUUGGAGAUUUCGAUAGCAAUGAGGACGACGAAGUGACCUCCCAGGCUUCGACACCACGCAUGGAGCCUGCAUCGGAUUCACGAAGACCCUCGGAUGCAAUGCUGGAUGCACCACCUAAGCCCGCAAUGGUCGAUUCUGGUGUUAUGACUGAGCCUUGGGAGCACAUGUCUUCCAUUAGUGCUGGCAUUGUUGCUGGAGCUGCUGGUAUCGCCGCAACUCGGCCAAGUCAAACAGCAGACCGGGAGAUCGAUGAGGGAACGAAGGAAAUUCCUCACUUGGUUAACCCAGAGAUGGGAAUAGCCGCCGUUUCUUCCCAAGAGACCUCGCCUUCUGCCCCUCAACGGCCUGAUCUGAGCAUCUCAUACAUCACCGGGGGUAUCACUUCACCUGUCAAGCAUCAGCUACCCGCACCGGAAGUGCCGGAAAUGACGAUAUCUUCAAUUUCAUCACAAACUACAAGUCCCAUUCAACCAACGGUUGUGGUUCCUGAGCCAAUCAUCAAGCAUGUUGAUGUGAUCAAAUACGUGGAACGAGAGCCGGAGGUGCCCGAGCUGACCUUCUCCUCCAUCACAACCCAAUCAACCUCUCCUGUCCAUGCAAAACUUGCUGUGCCUGAGCCUAUCGUUAAGUACGUUGAUGUGAUCAAGCAUGUCGAACGCGAGCCUGAGGUGCCGGAAUUGACCUUUUCUUCUAUCACCACUCAAACCACUGAGCCAAUCAAAGCAAUUGUUCCUGAACCGCUGCCACCUGUCAUUCAAUACGUUGAUGUCAUUAAGCACGUUGAGCGUGAGCGAGAAGUACCUAAGUUAGGCUUCUCGUCUGUUGCCGCUCAGUCGACAACACCUGUCAAGGCAAUCCAGGCAACUGUGCCUGAACCAGAACCCGUCAUUAAAUACGUCGACGUGAUCAAACUUGUCGAACGUGAGCGCGAGAACCCCGAGUUGACAUUCUCUUCCAUCAAUAAUCAAUCCACUGUUCCUGUCCAGGCAACGCUUGCUGUGCCGGAGCCUAUUAUUAAGUACGUCGAUGUGAUCAAGCACGUCGAACGCGAGCCUGAGGUACCCGAAUUGAGCUUCUCCCCUAUCACCACCCAAACCACUGAGCCGGUGAAAGCAACUGCUCCUGAACCGCUGCCGCCUGUCAUUCAAUACGUUGAUGUCAUCAAGCACAUUGAACGUGAGCGUGAAGUUCCAGAUCCAAGCUUCUCUUCUAUCGCUACUCAAUCCACUGCGCCCAUAGACGCAACUUUUGCUAAAGCAAAGCCGAUUAUCGAAUACGUGGACGUCAUCAAGCACGUUGAGCGCGAGCGCGAGGUGCCAGACUUGGCGUUCUCUUCCAUUAGCAACCAGUCCACUGCCCCUGUCCACGCAACCCUUGCAGUGCAGGAGCCUGUGAUUCAAUACGUUGAUGUUAUUAAGCACGUCGAGCGUGAGCGCGAGGUGCCCGAAUUGACAUUCUCUUCGAUCACUACUCAAUCCACCGCGCCAGUCAAAGCAACUGUUCCUGAGCCCGAACCACCUGUCAUUCAAUACGUCGAUGUUAUCAAACACGUAGAACGUGAGCGUGAGGCACCGGUCUUGACAAUCUCCUCCCUCGAUCCAGCAUACACGGAGCCUAUUAUUCCAAGACCUCGCCUUGCUCCUACGCCGGCAUUGUCAUUCUCCUCUGUGCACUCUGUGGAAACUCAUCCAGUGAAAUAUAUGCCAUUUGUCAUCCCCGGGGUGGCAGACUUCUCUACUCAAACUGAGUCGACAGAGUCAAACGCUUCAGAGGCAGCUGUCAUUAUCCACGAAGACCAGCCAACUGGCGCUGCUCGCAGCCGUACGAGCACAGGCAACAGUGAUCAGCUUGUUGGUGCUGGACUUGCCUUGAACGAUAUUUCUGGCAACGCCCUUACUCGCUCUGCUAGACAACAAUCCAGUUCAGUAAGCAUGGACCAAGGAUCCCAGACAAUCCUGUCCUCUAAGCAGAUAGAUCAAAUCCUCAUGGAUCGCGUGUCCACACGCCCGCUUUCUUCUGACAGCCAGGUGACGGACAACUCACGAGAGAUUGCCACAGCCCCUUACGUGACCCCCAAGGCUCCGACACGACCUCGCCUUUCGCAAAUUCAGUCUGUGAAGUCGACAACGCCAACUCACCGCCGGCCUACCAGUGCCGCCAGUCAGACAUCUGGUGCGAGUCACCCCCCACUGCCCUUCGAUCACCGGGAAGCUAUCAUGGCAGCAGAGAAGAGGUCUAUCGACAUCGCUCCGCCAUCUCCUACCUCUGUCAUGGGGCCUCCUUUGGCACCAGCAUCGGCGUACCGCAUGAACUCCCAGCGCCCACUUACGCCAAGCGAACAGGCUGCGCGCGCUAGCUCUUCAAGAACUGGUUCAUCUCAGGCCAGAAUGAGAAGAGGAAGUCAAAGCCAGAUGUCUCGACGAUCCUCAGUUUCGUCUUUUGCAUCUGAGAUCGAGGAGCGUUUCAAUAUGGCACCUCAUGCUGGCGCCAUGCCUCAGGGCUAUGGACCUAAUACGGACCCACGCAUGAUCCAGGCGAUUACCCAAACUAUGAUUGGUGAAUUCCUUUGGAAAUACACCCGCAAGACAGGAUCAUCGGAUAUGUCAACAACACGUCACCGACGAUACUUCUGGGUUCACCCGUACACCCGUACUCUGUACUGGAGUACCCAAGACCCACAAACUGCCGGAAAGAGUGAGCUCCGUACCAAGAGUGUGCCUAUCGAGGCUGUUCGAGUGGUUGCCGAUGACAACCCGUAUCCUCCGGGUCUUCACUGCAGGAGCUUGGAGGUUGUCAGUCCUGGUCGACGAGUCCGGUUUACGGCUACGACGAGCCAGAGGCACGAAACAUGGUUCAACGCGUUGUCUUACCUCCUUCUAAGAGAGACCAACGAAAACUGUGAGGACAAUAACAGCGUAACCCUCGACGAUAUCAACGAGUUCAACCCCCCUAGCUUCCGAUCUAGCUCUCGCCAGACAGCACGAAUGUCGUUCUCGUCUUACAAUAGCCGCACCGCUCGUAAUGCACACAAGCAACAGCGGCGAGCGGCCUCGGCGAUGUCCAUGCGAUCUUCUGGGACUCUCGGCGGGCGCGCAUCACCAGCCCUCAGCUCACCUGUCCCAAACCCAAACUCAUCAUUGCAAGUUCCUGAUGAUCGCCAACGUUCUUCGUCACGACUCAGCACCAUCUCCAGUUCGAUUCGGGGGUCCAUCGCAAGUUUGAAGGGACGGCCAGGUCAAUCUCCUAGUAUCCACAAUGAAAGUCUUCAUGGGCAAGAAAGUGCCGAUGAUCUGAGACAGGUGGUCGAAGCGCAGGAACAAGACCGACUCGAAAAUGUCCGCGCUUGUUGCGACGGCAAGCACGAUGUUGGCUCUCUUUCUCGCACCAGUCGGUACAGCCCGAGGAUCAACCGUAUCCACUCACCCCACCGUCACUGA